AACGUAUGUAUAUCCCAAUUUCCUUUUUGAACUUGCUCCCCCCUUUCUAAAACCCUAACCCUCUUGGCGCUCAUCGCUUCCCGAAAUCUGCCAUACCUUAACCUUCAGAUCGACGACAAUGUCGAUGUCGAAGGGUUCGAAGAUGCUGCAAUUCAUAAAUUACCGUAUGCGGGUCACAAUCCAAGACGGCCGUCAGCUAGUUGGUAAGUUCAUGGCCUUCGACCGCCACAUGAAUCUCGUCAUCGGCGAUUGUGAGGAGUUCCGUAAGCUCCCCCCUGCAAAAGGUGCUAAAAAGAAUGAAGAACGCGAGGACAGGCGGACUCUUGGUCUCGUUCUUUUAAGGGGCGAAGAGGUGAUUUCCAUGACUGUUGAAGGCCCUCCGCCACCUGAUGAGAACCGUGCCAAGGCUGUUGGAGCGGCUGCGUUGGCCGGUCCCGGUCUUGGUCGUGCUGCUGGCCGUGGAAUCCCAACUGCGCCUUUGAUUCAAGCUCAACCGGGUUUAGCUGGACCGGUUAGGGGAAUUGGUGGACCGGCUCCAGGCAUGAUGCAGCCGCAGAUUUCUCGACCUCCUGUUCCGAAUAUGUCUGCUCCGCCGAUGAACUACCCGCAGGCUCCUGUGAUUCGACCUGGACAGAUGCCGUACCCCGGACAAGGUCCUCCGCCUCAGAUGCCACGCGGACCACCUCCACAGAUGCCGCCUCAGUUUGCUCAACGGCCUCCUGGUCAAUAUCAGGUGCCUCCCCCCGGGCAAUAUGGGCAGAGGCCUAUGGCUCCCCCUCCCCAGAUGAUGAGGGGUCCACCACCACCAGGGGGCGCUCCACGUCCCGGUAUGCCUGGUCCGCCUCCACCUGCUCGGCCUGGUAUGCCUCCUCCUGGUGGGCAGAUUCCUGUAUUUGGGCCUCCUCGUCCUGGUAUGCCUCCUCCGCCAAACUCUCAGCAGCAACAUCAGCAGCAAUGAGCAAAUCUGUGGAAGAUGUUUUUUACUGGGAAUUCAAUGCUUAUAAGCUGCAGAAAACAUGUUCAGCUUGAAUAUUUCCAAAUAGGAAGUGUGAGUUCAACUGGUGGCGUCAUUGUGUCUGUGUGAUCUUUAUGGCUGGCUAAUGGCUAUAUAUAUAAGUUCUCAUCAGAAUCAGAUGGCUUCCAAGUUCUAACUGACAUGGAUUCUACUUGUUUGGUAUUUCAUAUGUACAAGUCUUGACUACAUUUCCUCUAUGAUUUUUUUCAACAAUGUUUUUUGUCAUUAAUCCUGGAAUUUAGUUUUGUGUGCUAUUUGGGACCAUGUCUUUUUUGUUUUGUACCUUGUAUUAGUACUAGAUUAUAACUCGCGUUAAACGCGGGGGAACGCAUAAAAAAAGUACAAAUCGUCGAAGGACAUAUUUGUAGACAACUUUUUAUGUUAAAAAGAAUUGGAUGCAUUAAUGGGUU